AUGAAAAAGGUCCCCGCGCCAUCCCUUCAGCAGGCCAGACACCAGCCACAGCAACCCGUCACCCCGAGGACUGGGCCCAGCAAUAUAGCAGUCGCCUGUCCGCCAUGGGCGCCCCAGGAUCACCACGGCACAGAGCCGUAUCAUCAGGGCGGGGAGAAGUCGCAGGAAGAUAUCACGGACUUCUACAGCGCCGGGGGCGCAUCCGGGCGCGGCGCAAAGCCGGAGGAAUGGGAGAAACUGGACAAAGAGGACCUUGAGAUGCUCCUUGAGACGGCGCUCACAGGAUGGAACACUCGCCUCCUACAGGAAAAGAUCAGCAAGGCCAAGCAGGAUGGCAGGCAGAUUCUUCCAUUGGUUGUUAAAAACGACAGGACUCAGAUCAAGGUUCAGUCCAGCGACACGAAGCGAAUCCAAGGAAACUGCCUGGAUAUCGCCAAUGUGUGCAUCGUUCCUUUCUUCGACGGUAGACACGAGACCCCAAAGGGAGACAUGCUGAAGACCCGGUUCGACGCCUUUACAGGCUUCCUCAGCCAGAUGUCCAGCAGGCCGCUCGGCCCAUCUGCAGAGGCGAUCGCUCCUGUUGCCUACUUCCUCGGCCUGCUCACUUACCACGCCGCAGCCGCGAUGGUCAUCAUGUCCCUGGAGAAUGGCACUGCAAAGCUUGUAGCUUCAGGACUGGUGACCAGGACAAGUGGACUAAAAUCCAAGGCUUUUGUAACCACACGAACCGCGAUUUUCGUCUUUGGCUGGACGAUUCGCUCUUCGAAACCGUCACGGAAGAAAGCGCCUCUCACCAGAAGUCUGCCUCUCCGUGCAACCCUAUUGGAAGAGAUCUUGGAAAGGAUCCUCGAGCGCUGCUGGCGACUUCUCCAGCCUGACUUUGUUCGACCCCGGCUGAUCGACCGCCGCUUCGAUUACGACUGGAGACAACGUCGAUUCCAUGUCGCGCUGUUCAUCCACAACCGACACCAUUUUGCCGUACGACCAGUCUGUCUGCGCGACAGAAAGGAGCAGGAGGCUGGUCCAGAGACCAGGUCCUCAGUCUUCGUCCUCAGACGAAACAAUGGACUGCUUCACAUCAAGGCGAUUGACCUAUUCCAAAAGGAAUCAAGGGAGCAAGUUCGAGAUGGACGUCGCUGGCCAACAGCGGACCAGUCACCCACAGAAUGUCCUAUGGACGUCUCGGGUCUGUCUGCCGAAGAGGAGGACCCGGAGCUCCCAGAGCUGGGCAUCCUCUAUGCCCUCCCCGAGAGACCGGAACUGAAGCUUGAGGACCUUCCGAUGGUGGUCCAGGCAGGGUGUGGACUACACGUACGCCAUGGGGACAUUGGUAUUGAGCGCAGAACCCAAAGGGCGCUGGACACCGGCAUUAACCCUCAGGAGCCUUCCCUGAGGCACGUCAUUGUCCACAGCGGGCUGUACAUGAUGAACAUCCGCCCGGGAGGCGAGGUGCACGCGGAGCUCUCUCCACGCCUGGUGUCUGCUCUUGAGAAGGCGGACGAGAAGGACGGAACCCUCCAGGACAAGAACAAGGCCCUUGUGUUCCUCAAGGUCCCCACCGAGCACACCGCACACUGGAACCAGAUGUCCUCGUCACAUGGCCCAAAGUGA